UAUUGCUGCCAGUGUUUGUACAGUGGCCUGCUACAACAUAUAUCCCUGUAAACGUGCUGUUCAUAAUAUAAACUUCCUAUGUUUACCAAAAAAAAAAAAAAAAAACAAUAGGCUCUAAACACUUUGGUCAAAAAGACUCGUAGGUAGGCAACGACGUCGUGGAUGCACACAAGACAAAACUAUUUUCUGCAGAACUUUCCCGCGCUAAAGUUAUCCCCAUUUCCACAUCAAAGAUAAGGGUUUCGAGUCCAAAAUUCAAAAUUAAGUUGUCUUUGAAAUCAGGCAUGACGGACCAUGAGGCGUCAGACAUGGAAUUGGAGAGAGAAGUACUAGUGAUAGAAGAGGAAGAAGAUCCAUUUCUUCAAUUCAUUGACUAUGCUAAGUCCGUACUAUCUCCCGAUAAAGAUUACGGAGAUGAUCGAAAGGGACCCAGCUGGAGCUGGAUUGCAUCAAGGAUUCUCAGGACUUGCAUUGCUUAUUCCUCUGGAGUUACUUCCGCCAUUCUCCUUUCUGAUCUCUUUCAGGCUUGGCAUGAAUUGAAUAGGAGCGGAGCUCCAAAGAAACAAUCGGAAUGUAUUUCGCAGAUGAAGAAGAAACAUAAGAGGGCAAAGCUUCCUAACACAGUCACCAUUGACUCCAUAUAUGAGAAGAAGUUUUUAUCAUUGAACAGUGUAAUUGAAGCUGUUAUUAUAGACACAUACAUUCUGCCAGGAACAAACAUUUACAUGCUUCAUCUAGGUGAUUUUUGGAGUUCUAAUACGAUAGAUCUGUAUCUUCACCGCAGAUUCUACAGCUUAGCAGAUCCAAAGUAUGGUGUUUUGAAGAAAGGCCGCGAAGUUUUCCUCACAGGAUGCCGCCUUCGAACUGCCACUGGAGGUUCAGGUCAUGCACGGCUUUUGCCAACUGAAUAUCUUGUGAUACUGUUAGACGAGGACCAAAAUGAUGAUGCAAUGUUGCUUUUAGCACAAUUUUGUGCAGAUUGCUUCUCUUCCAUUUCUCUUGAUCGAGUCUAUCAGGGGGUCUCCUAUUCAUUACGUGCAAGGAUUGAAUCUAUUACUUCUCUGGAGGUUCAAGGAAAGUAUGGUAGUUUGCAGAGGAAGCAAAUUAAUCUUGUUGAUGAUGAUGAUGUUAGUUCAAAAUUUAUUUUGUGGGGUGAGCAGGUUCUGCUUGCAAACCUAUUCAGCAUGGGAAGUACGCUUGCCCUGGAUAGACCAUUUAUCUCGAGUUCCACUGAUAGUGCUCUUGAAACAUCUGAAGAAUUGUGCCUCGAAUAUGGUAGCGCAACACAGCUGUAUAUGGUGCCUUUUAUUCGGCAUGAGGAGCAAGUAUCUGUAGCAUUGACACAAAACCAUCAUAAAGGAUCAAAACAAUCAAGAGCUUUGGAUCCAAGUCAGGGAGUUGUAGUCUCCCAGGUCUCCUUGCCUUGUAAUUCUCAAGGUUCUGUUGACUUCAGUAAUUGUCCUUUCCGAUCAUUUGUUGUUGAUCUUCGGGAGAAGAUGACUGGAAUAAGCCUCUAUGGUGUUGUUGCUGACAUCAUAAGUAAUCAAGAGUCAGUACUUUCUGUUAUGAUUCAAGAUGUAACUGGUGCCGUUUGGGCGAGACUACAUUUUGCUCGAUCCUGGUCAUUUGGGAGGUUAGGACUGGGGCAUACUAUUUACAUAACUGGUUUGACAUGCUCUGUGGGGACAAGAAAAAGCCUAGAAUUACGGUGGGUUGAGAAUGACGUUGGAGCUUCAUUUAUUAAUAUUAGUUGCUUACCGGCGCUGCUUAACUCAUCUUGUCUUCACAAGUUAUCCUGCCUUUCUGAUUUAUCAGCUGAGCCUGCUGGUACUUGGAUAUGUAGAGUCUGGUUGGAUCAAAUUCAACAUUGUCACGUGACUACGAGACUAUCACAUACAUCUUGUGGUUAUUUUCUUGAUGAUGGUUCCAGUGAAGACCUGAAGUGCAACUUCUGUCAACGUAAAUGCAAUGCAGAACUGGCACGGAAUUUCCAUUUAAAAAUAACUCUUGCAGAUGAGAGUGGAAAACUCUUUGCCUGGUGCACUGGUCAAACUGCUGUGGAGUUGCUGCAAAUAACUCCUGAUGAAUUCUGUGAACUACCAGAGGAAGAGCAGAUAAUGUACCCAUCAUCCCUUGAGCAUGAAACAUUCAAAGUCGCAUUGGUGAACUGCAGGAAAAAGGUUGAAGGACUUAAGGAUCAUCAUGACAUAACUGCAUGGGAGGUCACCCGUGCAAUGAAGUGUGAAUAAGUUUUGAACCAUUACUUGCAUCACAAAUAUGGUAGUAGAAAGAGGUUCAGCCCGCUUCAUAGUUGAGAUUUGGUAAUUGAAGAAAUCUAUUGCCAACAUUUAGACAUACAAAAUAAAUACAAUUAACCCUCAUCUUCAUCAUCUAUGUUAAUCCUGAGUCUUAAAUCAAAUCAACAUUUUGGUGUUAUGCUUUGUAACAGCAUUAAGUCAUCUAAAUUUUGUUAUAUCUAGAAACAGUGGCAUUUUGAAGAUACCCUCUUCAGUAUAACUUGCA